AUGGAACACGUUAGCGAGAUGUCACGGACUGAGAUACCAUUGGAUGCAACGACCACCGUUGCCAGUCCAUUGGCACCAGAUUCUGAAAACAGCCCGCAGGAAUCAGACGCCAGCGUGCUAGAAAGCAGCGGAGUUUCAAAGGAGGGUUCUGCGCCCAAAUUGCAACAAAUUACGAACAUUGAAGAGUUCAAGCCCCAAAGUGAGACCAAAACAUAUGUCUACAGUAUGAAAGAGCUUAUGAAAAUAUCGAAAGUGGUUUCGCAAAGCGCACAGAGCGGCGCAACUGCCAACCUGCCAAAGAAAAGUUUCUGGAGACUCACUAGUAGGCAUCCAGACAUCAGACAAGUUGAAUCGGCCGGCGGAAACGGCAACGGCCAUAAAAAUGACGGCAACUCCAGGGGCCAGGAUUCCGGUAACGAGAAAAAAGGUCACAGAAACAGAAAUUCGAGGAAUGGCAGACGCGGCAGCAAAUUCUCUAAGGGCGAAAAGCCCUUCGUAGAGGAGAAGGAUAUCAAGGUGAAUAACGAUGAGCUGCUUGCUUUAGAAGAGGAGAUCAAGCCAACAGGCAACUCUAUCACAGAUUUCGAAAACUGGAGGGCUAAGAUGAAGGAGCUAGAGCGCAAGAAGAAGGGCAUUGCCUCUAAAAAUAGUACCGGAAGUCAAGAACGACCACCGCUCACUAACAACAGUAGCUCUAUAUCCGAUUUCUUCAACUUGAAAAGAGAAAGCAGCUCGAAUUUUGAAGAACUUGAACCUCAGGGAACUUCUUCAGAGAACAUGAAAGGGUCUCAUUCGAGAUUUUCAUCGUUCUUCAACUCAACGCCUCCCCCAGGUCUAAGUGGGGCGCAGAGCACGGUUGCAAAACCUCCGACGCCUAAAGAGGAAGAUGCGCGCCCAGCAGCAGGCUCAAGGAUACUUUCCUUUUUCGAUAAAAUGGAUAGCCAAAAGCACGCGGCCAGUUCUGUAGAACCCAACAUUCAAAUGGCCGAACAAAUUUCUCAAACGAAAGCUGCGCCGGUUCAUGAGCAGACAAACAGCCACUUUUUCCAAGGCCUUCUCAAUAGAGGCAAGGCCUCACCAGGUAAUACCGAAAGAAACAAUUCUAACAGAGAGGCCAGUGGUCCUAGCGCUCUCAUUUCACCCAAUACAAUUCCAACGUCAAAAGUUGCAGAACAACCAAAGGAACAAGCAGCACGUUCGCCUGCUGGUCCUCCCGGACUAUCAAAGCUCCCUCCAAACAAGCAUGUGAUGUCCUCACAACCCCAGCCUGGGUUUUUGACGGGCAUGCCACCUAAUGUAUAUUCUUCAAACUCGCAGCCUAUGGGCGCGCCCCCAUCAGGUUUUCAGCACUUUCAAAUGCCACUUCCAGGUGUUGCUGUUCCUCAGCAGUUUUUCGCAAACCCAAGACAGACCGGAGACUUUACAGGCUCUCAACAAAAAGAUGACAACAGUUCAAGGCCAUCCAACAUGCAGAUUCCAUAUAUGCCCAACCCUCGUGGUAUCCCACCUCCAGGUAUCCCUCCAAUGCAUAUGAUGCCACCGGGGAUCUCCCAGGACAUGCCAUUGCCAAUGAACGGCAUGAUGCCACCCCCAAGCUUUUACCUCUCCCAGGGUCCUUCAUUCGGGCAAUUUAACAAUCCACCAAUGCCUCAAAAUGGCAUGGUCGGCCAGCCACAAAGCCAGAACUUGCCCCCAAGGAAAGGCUGA